AUUUUCGAUUGAGUGCCAAAAGUAAUCCAGGAUUGCUUUGGUUUUUAAUCUUAUAUGAUCUAUAAUUUGGCCAGAAAACUCGUGCCUUUUUCAAACCAAUCACAUCCAAAACUUGAAAAGAAUCGAGAUUUGGUCACUUGCGUUUCUCGCACUUUAUGCAGUUUGCUUGUUUUAACCCAGUCUGAGUUCUCAGCGGUUCCUUGUUGCGUCUUUCUCUUCAAACUGACUGCUUGUUGUGAUUGCUUUGGUUCUGGUGUGACGACACUCCAUCGCAAUGUUUUGAAAUUAUGAGGGGAAUAGUAGAGCUUCCUUUAACUCUUUGAUUGCCAAGAUCUCAUUAGUUAUUCUCCUUACUGUCUGUCAUAUAGUUCUUGUGAUGUUAGUUCGGAGAAUUUGGUAUUGGAUCAACUAAUAAUCCCCUAAUUGAUAUUUUUCUUUGUUCUCAUCACUUGAUAUUGUAUUGAUAUUGUAAGGAGAAAUUAUGUCUUGAUCACCCAUGAGAGUUAAAGGGUUGAGGGUAUUUCCAUCAUAUAUAUAGAAUGAAAUGUCAACUGUCGACAAACUGCAUUGAAGACGCUCUGAUUUCUGUUCUUGAUAACGUUUUGAAGGAAAUGAAGUGCGUCGCUCUGUUAAUAAUCACUUUGGCAGUGGCGAAAUCAUGGCCUGCUACGCGUAGGGAAAGUGAAGUGAGGAGAGCUGGUAAGAACUUCAGUCAUAACUUUGCGAAUUGUUGAGUGAGUUACCUAUAUUAAUUUGAAAAUAUUAACUCUGGUUUGAAAGAAAAUACCAUGUGACUGUUCUAAAAGUGAAGCGGUUUCCCUCAGAAACUAGGAUCGAAGGUUUUCUUUUACUAUGCAUGUUCAAUCUUUUGGAGACUAAAGCCGACUCCCCUUACCCGAUUGAAAGUUCAUAUGAUGUUUCCGAUUCAUUUUAUCCCAAUUUGAUGGGUUAGACAUUUACUUCCAAUUAAGUAUUUCAAAUUUCAAAUGAAAAAAAAACACACACACACAACUGACUGUUCUGCAUAGGGAGCAAUCUUUAUUAGAAACAUGGACAGAAAGUCUUUUUUUCUUUCGAGAAAUUUUCACAUCAAGAAAAAUACGAUUAACUUCUUUUAAAACGUUGAAUGGAUCCCAUAAUUUUAAUCCUCUCAUUUUUUAGGAGCAAAAUUCGACUACUCUAGUAAAAGAAAAGCAGACUACCCCAAAACAGCCGACUACCCUAACAAAGCUGACCACUCAGAGGAGUACCCUAAGGAAGCCGACUUUCCCAACAAAGCCGACUACCCUAACAAAGCUGACUACCCAGAGGAGUACCCUAAGGAAGCCGACUACCCUAAGGAAGCCGACUACCCUAAGGAAGCUGACUACCCUAAGGAAGCCGACUAUCCUAACAAAGCUGACUACCCUGGCAAAGCCGACUACCCUAACAAAGCUGACUACCCAGAGGAGUACCCUAAGGAAGCCGACUACCCUAAGGAAGCCGACUACCCUAAGGUAGCUGACCACCCUAAGGAAGCCGACUAUCAUAACAAAGCUGACUACCUUAACAAAGCUGACUACCCUAACAAAGCUGACUACCCAGAGCAGUACCUUCAGGAGGACGACAACCCUAAGGAAGCUGACUAUCCUAACAAAGCUGACUACCCUGACAAAGCUGACUACCCCAACAAAGCUGACAACCCAGAGGAGUACCCUAAGGAAGCCGACUAUUCUAACAAAGCUGACUACCCUAGCGAAGCCGACUACACUUACAUAGCUGACUACCCAGAGGAGUACCCUAAGGAAGCCGACUAUCCAAACAAAGCUGACCACCCAGAGGAGUACCCGAAGGAAGCCGACUUACCUAACAAAGCUGACUAUUGAAUAGAUAAUAAAAUUGAAUCACAUCAGUUUCAUCUUCUCCGAUGAGCGCAAGCAUGGAACUAAUGUCAAUCAUAACCUUGUACUAAAAUUUGUAAGAACAGGGGAUAAUAGUUAUCAAGGACAAAUAAAGAAAGAACACGAAGCAUGUUUCAAUGUGUGUGCAAUUAAAUAAUGUCGAGAUGAGUGGGGCCUUUAUCUAAUUUCACUCAGUUGACAAAAGAGUAAAGUUGAAUGUAAAUAUCGGCAGAUGCUCCUUUGGUAAUCGUACUAUGACCAUGCGAAUUGCCUAAAUUAAAAUCAAAGUUUGGCAUGACGGCAGAGGUAUUUUAUUAAGAUCUUGGAGACGUGAGAAGCUCCAGGCAAAGAAAAAUUUACAGUGUAAUCCAAUAAAAAAUCAGACAGAUUGGGAAAAGUGAAAAAAAAGAGAAGAUAUGGUAGGAAAUCAGCAGAAGUUCUGGUCUAUUCAUGAAUGAUUUAGAGAUCUUUGCCACGACUACAACUGUAAGAAAAGCUGUUAAAAACCAAUAAUGACAAAUAAGAAAGAAAUAAGGGCUAACGAAACAAGAGAAGAAAAGAAGGAGCAUUCGAAAUGAGCAGAAGUUCUGGUCCAUACAUGAGUGAUUUAGAGAUAUUUACCCUCGCCCCUAACUGAUAGCAAAGCUAAUAAAACUAAUAAUAAAAAGCUAGGCAGGGGUGAAUGAAAUUAAAGGAAGACGUGGGCGAGCAUUCAAAAUGAGCAGAAGUUCGGGUCCAUCCAUGAAUGAGUACAAUUAAUUUGCCUCCGCCUCCAAUUGUUAGCAAAGCGGUGAAUAACUAUUGAUAACAGAUUAGACAGAGAUAAGGAAGAACGAGACAAAAGGCAGAUAUGGGUGAGCAUUCGACAUGAGCAGAAGUUUUGGUCCAUCCAUGAAUGAGUAAGCGAAAUUUUCACUCGCCCCGUCUGUUAGCAAGGCCAGAAACAGCUAUUAGUAAUAACAAAUGAGACAUAAGGACGAGUGAUGUAAAGAGAUGAUAUGGGUGAGCAGUCGGAGUUAGCAGAACUUCUGGUCCAUGAAUGGUUGAGUGAUAUUUACUCUUGUAAUUUUUUGCCAAAGUGAUAAAUAACUUUUAAAAGAGAAAAGAGAUUACUUGCUGGAAACCUAUGU